GACGCCGACGCGUGCUCUGCUUUGUCUCUGCUUUGUCUAUGAGCGCGCGCUCCUCGCGGCGGUAUCGCGCGGGUUCGAGUGAACUCCUGUCAGCUCGCCGCACCGGCACCGAGCCCUCCAUCAAGGUGGAGGCGGUCCCGGAGGAGGCCGCCGGCUCGAGCUGUGACGUCGUCGACGUCCGCGCACAGCACAAGUAUAGCCAGCUGUACCGCAGCGGCAACUACCGGCGUCCGGGCGCGGUGGCGCGGGCGCAGGCGCGCUGCGCUAGCUGCGUCGAGCUCCCGCUCGAGGAGGAGCUCUCGGAGGCCGAGAGCUCCAAGCUCGACGCACUCCGCGCGUCGGUGCUGUCUGCGCUGCAGCUGGAGGCGCUGCCGCCCGACUGGCGGAAGUCCUUCCUGAUGCGGUACCGGCUGGUGACGUACCUGCGCGCCGAUCGGGGAGACGUCAAGAAGGCCACGGCGCGCGUGGUCGCGUGCAUCGACUUUUGCGGCGAGAUGUGGACAAAGGCCUUUGCGUGGGAGGCGCAGCCCGAGGCGCUCAAGAACCUGUACGACGAGCACAUGGCGUGGGGCGCGCACGGGUUCGACCGUCGGGGCUGCUCCGUCUUCUGCUACCGGCUGGGCAACGUCGACGUCGGCGGCCUCGUCCGCGAGUCCUCCUUCGAGACGUACCUGCUGUGGGACGCGUACUGCACCGUCACGACGUACGACAUGUACACCUCCGAGGGGGAGCGGGCGGGGCACGCCUUCACGCUGGGCAAGGUGAUGAUCUUCGACCUCUCGGGCGUGCAGGUCCCGCGCGCCAUGCGCGGCUUCCGCGUCGCCGGCCGGCUCACCAAGACGUACCCCGGCGCGGAGCAUCCCUUCCCCGAAAUGAUGCGCACCACCUUUGUCAUCAACAUGCCGUGGGUGGCGCAGAGCCUGUGGGACCUGGCCAAGAAGCUGCUGCCCGCGCGCGACGCGGCGCGCUUCCGCAUGUUCGGCUCCGGCAAGGCGGCCCACAAGAAGUUCCUCGCCGCCGUCUCCGAGUACGUCGACCCCGAGCAGCUGCCCGCUCUCUUUGGUGGCGGGUCGGCCGAGCCGUGGGCCUACGGCUUGGGGGGAGACGUGCCCCAGAACGCGGCGGCGGGGCUGCUGGACGACGACGCCAGGCGCUCCAAGCGCUCCUCCAACCGCGCGAGGCAGGGCGUGCGCGCCGUCACCACCGCAGCCUCGACGGGCGGCCGCAUCGCGAACAGCGCCGGCCGGACGGCUCCCAGCGCUCGCGGCUCGGACGAGUCUCGCUCCGCCUCUGCGUACGGCUCGAACGAGCCGUCCGAGGUGCUGCCCCCGUCGAAAUCGGACGAGGCGGCGAGCUUGACGGGCGGAGACCGCACGCCGCAGCUCGACCUGCUCGACUCGAGCGAGCACGGAGACGCCUGACCGCCCGGAGACGCCGGUCGAUGCGUCGCCCGCGCGCGGGAGGCCGAGCCCGAGGCGUGGCGAGACCGACGCCCCGCCAGCGGGCGCCACCGCUCGCGCUGGCUCGCUGCCAGCGUGUGCUAGCCCGCCGGGGCGAUUAUUGUGAAGUAAGGGGCCUCCUCCAUGACGAGGUGCGACCCCCCUCGGGCCCGUGCGCGGUGCGUGUGCCAGUGCUGGUUCACCUCGCGCGCACGUAUUUUGCGCCCAUGUGUGUGCCCUGUCCAGAGCGUGCUGCGUGCAACGAAAGAGAUGGCUGCCCGUCUCGCACCGAGCGUGCGCGCGUGUGUGCCCAACCCUGCCCCCCCAGAGCCCAGUCAGCCCACCUCUCGUCAGUCUCUGUGUUGCAUUUGCAUUGUCCUCAGUCCACCACAGCUCUCG